AUGCACACAGUAUACCACUCGCGAAAUAUGCGCGCCUGGUUUGUGUAUUCCUAUCGAGCUGAAAAGAAUAUACAAUCAAACGAGAGAAUAGUGAAAAUAUCCAUCUUCAACAAGAAUAAUAAAUACUUGGCCGGACACGUGAUCAACGGCCGCAAUCUUUAUCCUGGUACCGGCUACUUAGUUCUAGUAUGGGAGACUUUAGGCAUGAUGAUGGGUAAGCUGUACACUGAAAUAUCUGUGGUAUUUGAGAACGUUCGCUUCCAGAGAGCCACCAAAAUUCCCGAAGAUGGAAAUUUGGAAUUUAUUGUGAUGAUUCAAAAAGGAACCGGGAAUUUCGAAAUUCUCGAGAGUGGGGUUUCCAUAGUCACUGGCCGUAUCUACGUAAAGAAGGAUGUGGGUCAAUACUAUCGCAUACUGCCAUCCCAGCCUGAAGCUGCAGGACCUAACAUCAAACAUAUGCUCACCAAAGAUUUCUACAAGGAACUUAGACUCAGAGGAUAUCAGUAUAAUGGUCUCUUCCGUGGUGUGAUUGGUUGCAACGUCGAAGGAACACGAGGCCGGAUCGCUUGGGUCAAUAACUGGGUCACUUUCAUGGACUGUAUGCUACAGCUCAAGAUCAUCGGCCUAGACACUAGGGACCUCUUGGUCUCAACGAGAAUAAAGAAACUAUCAAUAGAUGUUAACAUGCAUUACAAUGCCAUCUCAAAGAUGAGUACUGACUCUAGUAAACAUUCCUUCGAAAUUCGCGUUCAUCCUAAUAAAGAUGUUAUUCGGUAAGUGUUUGUUCAGCUUAUUAUUCGACUGAUUUUUUAUUUGUUAACUUGAAAUAAAUAAUCCCUAAUUAAUAAACAGCGCUGGCGGCGUCGAAGUGCAUGGCCUUCAUGCUACUCCGAUAUCGAAGAGGAAUCCAUUUGGUGUACCAGUUCUUGAAAAGAACGUUUUCGUACCUAACUUUGGAAACUCUAAAAUGACGGUAGAAUUUUUUUUUUAUAUAAAAGAUGUACGUAGAUGAGGAAUUAGAAUACGUUUUAUAAAUAACAUUAUUUUUAAUUUGCUGCAGUGAAAUUUUAACAAUCCAUAUAAUACAAUUAUUUAUGGUUUCCGAAAGCUAUCAAUGUCAUGUAUUGUUUCCAUUAACAAAACGUAUUAUAUUAUAGUAACCAAUAUGAGAUAUACCUACGUAUAUAAUUUUAAUAGUACAUACAUCUCAAUGAAAAAUGCUUAUGUAUAAAAAUGGAACUCUGGUCAUGAGUUCGAAUCCCUUCCCAUUUCAUUUAAAAUAUUUUCCAUUAAGCAUUGGGAUUGCAAAAUUGAUAAAAUAUAAUAAGUAGAUAUACCUUUUCAUCGGGAAUAUUUAUUUGGUGAUUGUUUUUAUUUGAACGAAAGAACGAAAAGAAAAACACGACAAAUUAUAUUUUACGUCGUUAAAAACCAUUGAAUGAGUAGUCACAGAAUUAGUUAAUAAAACCGUUACUGCUUG